UGAGUGAGUCUGCAGCUGUACAAGAGCCUCCUCUGUGUCCUUGCCCUGCACCGACAUGAGCGGGGUCGCCGACAGACUUGCUAAGGAGCGGGCAAGGGCCAGUGGCUUUGGUACCAAUGAAAAGGCUCUGCCCUACCUCAACCAGGACUUCGAGGCUCUGCGCAAUGAGUGUCUCCAGUCCGGCUCCCUGUUUAAGGACCCCAGCUUCCCCGCCAUCCACUCCUCCUUGGGAUUCAAAGAGCUGGGUCAGUACUCAAGCAAAACCCAAGGGGUGGUGUGGAAAAGACCCACGGACCUGUGCUCAAGCCCUCAGUUCAUCGCAGGUGGAGCAACUCGGACUGAUAUCUGCCAGGGAGCCCUGGGUGACUGCUGGCUUCUUGCAGCCAUCGCCUCCCUCACCCUCAAUGAACAGAUUCUUUCCCGGGUCGUUCCAAUGGACCAGAGCUUUCAGGAGAAAUAUGCAGGAAUAUUCCACUUCCAGUUCUGGCAAUAUGGCGAGUGGGUGGACGUUGUCAUUGAUGACCGUUUGCCAACCAAAGAUGGGAAGCUGCUUUUUGUACACUCAGCCGAGGGGACUGAAUUCUGGAGCGCGCUCAUGGAGAAGGCUUAUGCCAAACUGAACGGAUCCUAUGAAGCUCUCUCAGGUGGGACCACCACUGAAGGAUUUGAAGAUUUCACAGGUGGACUUGCAGAGUGGUAUGAACUGAAGAAGGCCCCGUCUAAUCUGUUCAAGAUUAUCCAGAAAGCUCUGAAAUCUGGAUCUCUCCUGGGCUGCUCUAUAGAUAUCACCAGUGCAGCCGAGACAGAGGCCAUCACUUUCCAGAAGCUUGUGAAGGGUCACGCCUACUCUGUGACCGCUGCAGAAGAGGUGCAAUAUCGAGGGAGCCUGGAAAAGCUGAUCCGAAUCAGAAAUCCUUGGGGGGAGGUGGAAUGGACUGGAGCCUGGAGUGACAAUUCCAGUGAGUGGAAUUCUGUGGAUCCGGAGGUGCGAGACAAGCUGAUCAAGAGAUGUGACGAUGGAGAGUUUUGGAUGUCCUUUAAUGACUUCUUGAGAAACUAUUCAAGACUGGAGAUCUGCAAUCUGACCCCGGACACUCUGGCCUCUGACAAAUACAGUAAAUGGAGCCUGACCAAGAUGGACGGCUCAUGGAGGCGAGGCUCUACAGCCGGUGGAUGCAGGAAUUUCCCAGAAACCUUCUGGAUGAACCCCCAGUACAUGAUUAAGCUGGAUGAGGCAGAUGAUGAUCCCGAUGAUAAUGAGGAAGGCUGCACCUUCAUUGUUGGUCUGAUACAAAAGAACCGCAGGAAUCAGAGAAAGAUGGGAGAAGACAUGCACACCAUUGGCUUUGCCAUGUACGAGGUGCCGCCACAGCUUACUGGCCAGAAAGACGUUCGCCUGAGCCGAGAUUACAUUCUAAGGAACAAGAUUCGGGAAAAAUCAGAGACCUACAUAAACCUGCGUGAGGUUCUGAACAGAUUUCGGCUGCCCGCAGGGGAGUAUGUCAUUGUGCCGUCCACGUUCGAUCCCCACAAAGUAGGCGACUUUUGUCUGCGGGUGUUCUCUGAAAAGAAUGCUGAGACAAAAGUUCCUGAUGAUGAAAUCAAGGCUGACAUCGAUGAGGAGGUUAAUGAGAAUGCCAUCGAUCCCACCUUCAAAAGAAUGUUCCUGGCGUUGGCAGGAGAUGACAAAGAGAUCUCUCCGCAUGAACUCUUUAACAUCCUACAGAAAGUCAUAUCAAAACGAGAAGACAUAAAGUCCGAUGGGUUCAGCAUGGAGACCUGUAGGACCAUUGUUGACCUGCUGGAUUCUGAUGGUUCAGGGAAACUUGGCCUCAAGGAGUUCAAUAUCCUCUGGACAAAAAUACUCAAGUACCAGAAAAUAUACAGUAGCGUGGAUAAGGACCGUUCGGGUACCAUUAAUUCAUAUGAGAUGCGGGGAGCCCUGGAAGGCGCAGGGUUUAAGGUGAACGCCAAGAUUAUUGAGCUGCUGGUGGCUCGCUUCGCAGAUGAAGACCAAAACAUUGACUUUGAUAACUUUGUGAGAUGCCUCCUGCGCCUGGAGACCAUGUUCAAGAUCUUCAAUAAGCUGGACACGGAGAAGACUGGAGUCGUGCCGCUCAAGAUGGACACUUGGCUUUCCCUGACUGUGAUCUGAGAUACCGUCAUCACACCGAGGAGGCAGAGAACUACUGUCCACCAAGGAAUUACCCCGACUGAUGAUGAACAUUUCUGAAAUAUCUUAUUAUUGGGAAUCUGGUGCCUUAUCUGAAAAAAAUAAAAAACAAAAAAAAUGCCCCUUUAUCAUUUGGGGACCAGAGACAUCCUAUUAAGUUUCCAUAAAGAGAUUCUUCUACUAUAAUAUUCAGAAGCCAUUAAAACGCAGAUUGAUAUAGAUCCUGAUCUAAGGUGCUUAAUAGUCAUCAGUGCUUCUCCAUGUCACUUAAGCCAUAUAAACUUCUGUAGUGUAACAAGCAAGAUAACCCCUAUUUUAAAAUAGAAGCACAAUGAAACCAUUUCAUAACUGACUUCUAAUAUCCUUUUAAUAUACAGUAGGGGGUACAAUGUACAUUAUCCUUUAUAAUACACGAGCGAUACUCAGAGUUCCCUGUAUAACUCAGCCUUGUGCCUUUAUAUGGUCACAGAACCCCUCAGUGACUUCUAAUAUCCUUAUAAAUUACAGUAGGGGUACAUUAUCCCUUAUAAUACAUGAGUGAUACUCAGAGUUCCCUGUAUAACUCAGCCUGCAGCCUUGUGCCUUUAUAUGGUCACAGAACCCCUCAGUGACUUCUAAUAUCCUUAUCUUUUACAGUAGGGGGUACAUUAUCGCUUAUAAUACAUGAGUGAUACUCAGAGUCCCCUGUAUAACUUGGCUUGGUGCUUUUGUAUGGUCACAGAACUAAUAUCCUUAUCAUUUACAGUAGGGGAUUUUAUUAAUCCUUAUAAGUUCCCAGAUCUGUAAUUCUCAACUGUGAGCCUUUAUAUAGUCAUCAAACUCUUAAGUGACUUCUAAUAUCCUUGUAAAAUAGGGGGAAGAGCUUUAGCAGACAAGCCAGGACCCUAGUGUUUUGCAGUUAAUCACUGGCAGUUCUCCUGUACAAAAUAUGUAAGAUAUAUGGGUUUCUGGCUGUCAUUUCCCAGCAUCCUCGGCAGUGAAUUGCAGGGAGUCCUAGUUACAGGUGCUUAUAUAGUAAACUGUGAGAUCCAUGAAUGGACUUUACCCAGAAUGCCUUGAGCUUGUGACUGUUGGACAAAUGGUUGGAUAUUCUUAUUCAGGGAAUGUAAAUACACACAAUGAAAUGAGCUUUUGGACCACGGUUCCCUAUAGAUAUUUUUAUUCAGGAAAUAUAUAAAUGCAUUUAAUAUAAAGAGGGAUGAUUUUUAGAUCCACGGGGGAAGAUUUUGCCUUUAUCUAUCGUACAGAGGUGAAUGAUAAACGAUGCCCUGUGAAUCACUAACCUGGUGGGACUGCGGGUGAGACGAGAUCUUGUGUUAAAGGGCAUGUACAGUCUAAAAUAGAAUAAGGCUAGAAAUGCUGUAUUUUGUAUACUAAAAAUAAACAUGAACUUACUGCA